AUGGAUUCAUAUGAAGCUACAAAUGUCGUGUUUUCAAGGAUCCAAAAUUUGGAACCUGAAAAUGCCUCAAAAAUCAUGGGCUAUCUUCUCUUACAAGACUAUGGAGAGAAAGAGAUGAUACGUUUAGCCUUUGGCCCCGAGACCCUUUUGCACAAUCUCAUUCUCCAAGCCAAAACCCAGUUGGGGUUUCCCUCAAACACACCAUCCACAACCUCUUCACCUUUUGUUCCUUCCUCUAGACCCAGUCCUUUGUCCAUUUCCUCUUCAAGAAUCACAAACAGUAAUGGCUUUGACAUCACAAACCCCUCUUCUCCCUCUACAAAUUCUUGGCCUUUUUUGAGUCCUAACUCCACUUCUUCACUCUCUUAUGCCAGUGUCGUCAAUGGAACCAGUAAUAUUAAUGCUAGUUCAACACCUUUUCAACCCACUAUCUCAUUAUCUAGUGCGUUUCCUUUUAGCAAAAACAAUAAUAGUGCUAAUGAUCUCGUUGAUGAAUAUGAACUCCAGGAUCGCUUUUCCUUUCUCAAUGAUUCAAAGACAGAUGAUUUAUUUGAUCCAAGGGUAGAGCUAGCCAUGAGUCCAACUGCAUAUGGUGAUAACGGUUUGCAUAAGCGAAGUUUUUCAGUACCAGGCACGUGUUUUGGUUCUGAAGAUUCAAAUACAGUGUUUGGUUGGAAGCCUUGCUUAUAUUUUUCAAGAGGGUUUUGCAAAAAUGGUACAGGUUGCAGGUUUGUUCAUGGAGAUUCGGCUGACAGUGCUGCCAUUGUCGGUUCACCAAGUGAAUUCUAUGAGCUUGAACAGUGCCAAGAAAUACUUAGGUCAAAGGCUGCUGCUCAGCAAAAGAAGCUAGCUGCAGCCUCGCAGUUUAUGGCUGGAGCUAAUUUUUUACCUCACAAUAAAUGCAUGAACUUCCUUCAGCAGCAGCAAAAUGACAGCCAAAGAUCAGCAGCAGCGGCUGCAUUGAUGAUGGGGGAUGAGGUUCACAAGUUUGGAAGAAUCCGGCCUGAAAGGAAUGAUUUUUCGCAAAUGGGAUUGGGAGGGGCAAUGAGCCCAAGUGCAAGACAGAUCUAUUUGACAUUUCCAGCUGAUAGUACAUUCAGAGAAGAAGAUGUUUCAAAUUAUUUUAGCAUUUAUGGGCCAGUGCAAGAUGUGAGGAUUCCAUACCAGCAGAAGAGAAUGUUUGGAUUUGUUACAUUUGUGUUUGCAGAGACAGUGAAGCUUAUAUUGGCCAAAGGGAACCCGCAUUUCGUUUGUGAUUCACGUGUGCUUGUUAAGCCUUACAAGGAGAAGGGAAAAGUUCCAGACAGGAAGCAUCAUCAACAGCAUCAGAUUGAGAGGGAAGAGUAUUCAGCUUGUCCAAGCCCAUCCAGGAUCAAUUCUAGAGAGCCAUUUGAUCUCCAUCUCGGAGGUAGAAUGUUUUACAAUACUCAAGAGAUGUUGAGAAGGAAAUUAGAGGAAGAGGCUGAUUUACAGCAAGCUAUUGAACUCCAAGGGAGAAGGUUAUUAAAUCUGCAACUUCUCGACUUAAAGAAUCAUCAUCAACAUCGAUAUCUUCAUGCUUUGUCAACUGGGUCUCCCAUUCCUUCACCAACUAUCUUGCACAGUCCCAACAAUCAAUCUCUCUUUUUUCCAAUCGAUGGCAUCGAUCAAGAAGUUCCUCAUGAGAAUGGUAGCAACCCUGAUACUGCAGUCUCUCAAAAUGCUGUUGCAGAUGCUGACCAGGAAGUGAGUCCAGCUUGCAAUCAUAAUGAUGGCAAUAGCAAUAAUAGAGAUAAGGAAGAGAAGUCCAACGAUGAAGAAAGUGAUCUCCAUGAAAAUUUGGAGCAUAUUCUCCCAGACAAUCUCUUUCCUUCUCCUAAGAAAUCAGCUGGUCACCACCUCACCGCCUUCUCCACUGCUUCUGUGGAGGUUAAUCAAAAUGCCACAAGUCCCACUGCAUCUUCUCCUAACAGUAACCCCUUAGUGCCCACAACUUCUCUCAACAUGACUCCUCUUAAAUCAUGUUUUCUCCAAAUGCCGAGGUUGUCUUCUGGGCAUGGAACCAUUGGCAUAUAG